ACAGCGCUUCUCAAUCUGUCCAUCAAUGAGAGUAACAGAACAAAUGUAAAUGCAGGAGCUAUACCAGAUAUUGUAGAUGUACUGAAAAAUGGCAGUAUGGAGGCCAGAGAAAAUGCAGCUGCAACUCUCUUUAGUUUAUCAGUUCUAGAUGAGAACAAGAUUUCAAUAGGAGCAGCUGGGGCUAUUCCUGCUUUGAUUAGCUUGCUCUGUGAAGGUACUCCCAGAGGGAAAAAGGAUGCUGCUACAGCUAUUUUUAACCUUUCUAUCUAUCAGGGAAACAAAGCUAGAGCUGUAAAGGCUGGUAUAGUAGCGCCACUAAUGACAUUUCUUAUUGACGCUGGAGGUGGGAUGGUGGAUGAAGCACUGGCUAUACUGGCAAUUCUUGCAAGCCAUCCAGAAGGCAGGACAGCUAUCGGUCAAGCUGAACCAAUUCCUAUUCUAGUCGAGGUUAUACGAACCGGUUCUCCACGGAAUAGGGAGAAUGCUGCUGCCGUGUUGUGGUCUCUUUGCAUGGGAGAUCCUCUGCAGUUGAAAUUGGCAAGGGACCAUGGUGCAGAAGAAGCACUGCGGGAAUUGUCGGAAAGUGGCACUGACAGGGCCAAAAGGAAAGCGGGAAGUAUAUUAGAACUCUUGCAAAGAAUGGAAGUGGAUGAUAAUUCGCCAAAGUCUUAAUCUCAAGUUUCUUCAUGGUUAAAGUUGAUUUUUUCUUUCGAAAUUAUGGUCAUUUCAAGGCUUGUUUGAGGUUAAAAUCCUCACUGUUGAUCUUCAAGGCAUAUUCUUCCACAUCAGUUAGGUGCAUUUAAGAUUCUAACCUCAGCGUGUUUCUCAAACAAUCAUUAUCAUUGGCAUAACUUAUAGAUGUCCAAAAAUUAUGCGGUAAUAAGUAUAAUCUAGUUCAUGCGAGUAGUAUUUGAAAGUGAUGUAUGCUUUUUCUUCAUAUUUUACUCUCUUGCCCUUGCUGAUUUACUUUAUAUACGCUCAAGCUGUGUAAGAACUUAGUAAUUCGUUUGGUUGCCAUUUGUCUGUAAAGGGAAAUAAUGUAAAUUCGCUAUUGAAGAUAAGGACUAGAGAUGCUAUAAUGUGCCAAGUUUGUUUCUGCCA